AUGAUCGCCCCUCGCAGCCUUUGCGGGUCAACAACAAGGCUCUUGCGCAACUUCUCGAUCUCGAAAGCUUGGACCUGCGGCUGCACAUUCAUACCAUCUUCAACUCUGUCGGUGGUGCGCCCUCAUUCCUCGGGCUGUCGAUCUCCGUUCCAGGCGAGGACAAUGUCGAGCACGGGAGGUCGUGUCUCUGGAUCCAAUCCACUCCCAUCCAAGUGCGAGCCAUGCUCUCGUUCGGCGGUCCCUCUCGGUGCUGAUGAGGUCGAGGGCUUGUUGCAGGCUCUAGACGGAUGGUACCUUUCCCCCCAGCCUCAGACGCUGAGGUCGGCAAAGCAACCGAAUCCAGAUGGGCUCAAGAAGUCGUUCAAGUUCAAGGACUGGAGUACGGCCCAAACGUUUGUCAAUGCGCUCGGGCAGGAGGCCGAGGCCGAGGGACAUCACCCGGCCAUCAUGGUUGAAUGGGGUCGAGUCAGCGUUUGGUGGUGGAGCCACAGCAUCAAGGGGCUGCACAAAAACGACUUCAUCAUGGCCUCCAGGACCGACAUGCUUGCCGAAAGGGCAGAUGGCUAUAAGCCGCUGAAGCCCAAGACACCUUGA